AUUGAAAUGUCAAAUUGUCAAUCGAAAUUGCCUUCAAUCAGCUGUCGAUUUAUAAUAUUGGCGUAAUUUUUUUAAAUAAUUUAUAUAUAAAAUAUGUGAUAAAUGGCAUGAAGUACAAGAUAUUUAUUAAUUAAACCAGCACCGUGGUAGUGCUGGGGGUCGGUUUAUGCGGAUGGCGAGCGCGAGGAGCAAGUGGUGCGAGUGACCGCGGCGGGCGCGGCUCACCUGGGCCCCCGGUCGCGCAGGCAUGCAGUGGUAUGGCGGAGGCUGCAGGCACGUCGCGUGGCCUCCGCGUCUACAAGAUUGUAGUACUAGGCGACGGGGGGGUGGGCAAGUCCGCGGUCACACUGCAAUUUGUUAGCCACAGUUUUUUGGACUAUCACGAUCCCACAAUAGAGGACUCAUAUCAGCAACAGGCAGUAAUUGAUGGCGAGCCUGCAUUGUUGGAUAUAUUAGAUACAGCUGGGCAGGUGGAAUUCACUGCGAUGAGGGAACAAUACAUGCGGUGCGGGGAAGGCUUCAUGCUUUGUUAUUCAGUGACCGACCGGCGGUCCUUCCGUGCCGCGGCCGAGUACAAGCGGUUGUUGGCUCAGGCUCGCCCCUCAGAGCGACUGCCGCUGGUGUUGGUGGGAAACAAGUUGGACUUGGCGCCGAGGUUUAGACAAGUAACAACAGAGGAAGGCCAAGCUCUGGCCACGCAGCUGGGCUGUCCAUUCUACGAGACAUCGGCAGCUCUCCGUCACUUCGUGGACGACGCCUUCCACGGGCUUGUUCGGGAAAUACGCCGCCUCGAGAGACAGAGACAGUCGUCGCUGCUGGAGGGCGGCGGGCGCGGGCGGCGGCGCUGGCGGCGCCUGCGCAGCAUCUUCGCGCUCGUGUUCCGACGCCGACGCCGACACGCCACGCCCUGAGAUGCGACGAGAUAGGGUCUCUCCUUUUAUUUACUACGGACAAUACUGCCGUGAACCGAAAAACGAUCCGAUGUAAUGAAAAAAACGUAAUCGUAGCUACCGUACGAACGAUUGUGGAGCUAAAUUAAACAUAUGUCAGAAAUAAAUUAUAUUCUGAGGGUCGUUGUAUUUAAACGGUCGAGAAUCAUUCGGGGGGGAUACCGUAGGGAGAGAUCGGAAAACCUUUAACUGACGAAAUAGAUAGUUUAGGGUCAGGUGUUUAAUCUUCCACUACCUCAAAUGCUUUUUGUUAUUAGUUACUCGUGUCUGUAUCGAUUAGUGGCCACGUUCUCUAUUAUGGUUAACUAAUAUAUCUUGUUUAUAGCUUUACUAAAUUAUUCCAUACUUCGAAAAUCUUGAGAAGCUUAAUAUUGAUACGAAACGUGCCAGAUUUUAUUCUAAGAUGUGAUUCUACCUCUGUCUUACACUAUUGAAUUGUUCAAUCGACGUUCCUCGAUUAAGCCAUACUUAUAUACAAAUAUAAUAGAACCUUUAGUUCUCAUAGGAUGUAAAUUUUUAUUAUACCAAUUAAAAUGUAUAGGCCUAUCUAAUUAUAGUAGGUAUAUAUUCUGUUGACGGUACUUAAAUUUGUUUUUGAGAUACUUUACUACGUCACAACUUGUCUAACUUGUGUUCUGCGGUCUGUUUCAGUCUUCAUGAAUAUGACAUGAUGUUUAGUUACAGUUUUUUUUUUAUUUUAAAUUGUUUGGUACAAUUUAACUGAUUAAAUGACGUUUUCUCUUAAAAGGUGAGAUAAAUGGCGAAGGCACGUAGUAAUUUGUGCGCUUCUAUUGCAUAAACGACAUAGUUUUUUUUUCUUUGACUAUAUUCGAAAUCUGUAGUGAAUAAUAUUUAACGUUCAAUAUUCAAAUUAUUGAAUUAUAAUGCCUAUUGAAAACUGGCCUCAAGUAAUGGAUGUCUUCCGCAAUGGAACCCAAAAGAGCAAUAAUUAAAAAAUGUAGUAUUGUGUCAUCGAAGUUCGAUAGUUCAGUGUUUAGAUAAUAUUUACAUUUUGUCAAGUCAAAUGAUCCGACUCUGGUUAUAUGAAAACCAAUUGCAUUUGUUUCCUGAUAUUAUUAACAUGAUUGAAUAUACUUAUAUACUUUAUCUGUUGAUACUUGAUCUAAUUUGAAUAAAAUAACAGGGUUGCCAGUAUUUAAAGUUUAAUAUAAAAUUAUAUUUUUUUAAUGAAUGCAAAUCAAUUUUGAAUAGAUUAAUAUUAGACAGCUCAUUUGACUUGAACUAUAAUGUUAUUUAAGUAACAGAGUAGCUAUUAAAUGUUGUAUUGUACCCCAAAUCCCUGUAGAGAAGUGUUUACAUCGUCACUAUAUUAUAAGAAAAAUAUUGAGGAAAUAUUGCGGUAAAAGUUUAUUUAUUUAAAAUAUAAAUUUUUAAAGUUUCUUUGUUUAAUCGUUAAUAUUUUGUAGAAUUAAUAGUUUUGGCAACAUUAAUGUCAUAAUAAAAUAGUUUUGUUUAUGAUCAAACCAAUUUAAAGACUAAAUUAGGAAUUGGGUUCUUUUGGUGUUAAAUAUAAUAUAUAAAGCUUGACUUAACGAUAGUUUUGUUAAAUUCAAAACAGAUUAUGCAAAAUCUAUUCGAAAAAAAAACGUAUGUUAAAAUUAUAGUAUUAAAUCGCCCUGGAAUUGAAUAAGUUUAUUAUAAAAGAUAAACCAAUAUCGUCCUCUAUUCUCAUGAAUAAGAAUAAAAGUAAUAUAUCGUAGAUCGUAUUAGAAUCCGCCCAGUGUAUCCAGUUCAUGCCCCAUUCCUUCCAGACUGGUUUAGGAACAUUUAUUUUAAGAUAGAAAAUAUUAAAUAAUCAAUAAUUAAAACGGCACACUAGUGUAAGAAUUGGUCUUGAACCUUUAUUUUAUAAGUGUUGUAAUGAUUGCAAUGUUUUUAUUUAUUUGUUUAGAUUUGACCCUAAAGUACAAUUUAAGUAAAUAUAAUACCACUGUGUCAUUAUAAUCUCCUCGACGGAGACAGCAAUAAGGAGUAAAGUGAAGAAAAAUAUAUUUAUAUGAUAAUUAAUUUAUUUCGUGUGUGUGAUUUUAGUGUUGUGAGCAGACGUUGAUAUUUUAUUAUAAAAAUAGGAUGAUACGCACAAAUUUUAGAGUAGCUGUUAAAGCGAAGGUGGGAGGUUGUUUGUGGAUUGCACCAGGGGAAGAAGAGUUGUUGCAUUUUUGACAUAUAAAAAUAUACAGUGACUAUAUAAAUAGCUCACUCGAAUUAAUUAUGUCAGUAUAAUAUCAUUUGUGGGCAGUAUUGAAAAGCAAACAAUCUUCUGAUCUUGGUAUGAAAGUCUAUACGGUUGGAUUAGUUCCCUCAAUAGCAAGGUGUCAAACUAGAUUAUUAGGUAAUGUUAUUAUUAAGUAAUAUGAGCUUUCUGGCAUUUGAAGCCGUAUAACCCCUUUGAUUAGGGUAACUUUUUCUCUACAUGAAUUGGUUGUUGAUAUUUUUUUUUUAUUAUAUUUAAUGUUGGAUAAUUAGUUGUGAUCUAUUUAGGGUCAAUCAAUUUUUAUUAUGAAAUACAAUUUUAUAAUAUAUCAAAGCAUUUUGAACGACCAACAUGUUGUUUUUUCGUCUAUAAUGUAUAUACAUAUAUACUCCUUAGUUUAUAGAAUGAUGCCAUAAAUCAGAUAUUAAUUGUAUUCAAGUACAAAGAUCCGUUAUACAAUAUUGUUUAGAAGAAUUCACCAAUAAUUUAUCUAGUCAUUAUUAAUUUAGAUAGAAUAUUGUUAUACCUGACCAAACUAGUAAAAGAAAUCUCUGGGUACAUAUACACUGUUUGUUUGAACAGUGUUUAUGCUGAAGUGGAUUUAAGUUAGAUUACUACCUAGACGAUAGGGGGAUAUCUAUAAUAUUACGCUCAAGGAUUUGUCUCUAGAUUUCGCAUUUAGACAUUUAAUUACUCUAAAUAAAACAACUCUUUCCUUGGACAAUUUUAAACUUUAGAAACUGUCAAAAUUUAGGCUCUACUCAAAAUUGGACACCUCAAAAAUACCUCAUGUAUGUACAUAUGAUGGUGGUUAGUGUAAAGUUGGUAUCGUUCAGAAAAUCUAGUUUCUUUUAAAAAAAAAGACAACUUCUUUUUGAAAACUUGUUUUUUUUUUAUUUUCAUCAACUACAUAGUAUUUCCACCAAUUAAUCUUUUUUACCGAUUUUAAUAAAUAUUCUUAUUAAUUAAAUGGCAUAGCACGAAUUAUCUUCGCUACCUUUUUGAAUUAUUCAAAACAAAAACAAAAUAUUACAUAUUUGUUUAUAUAAAUAUCAGUAGCAUGUUUAUUGUAUGUUAUCUGGAUUUGUCAGUAUUACAUUAAGAUUUCUUUUACUAGUUUAUAUUAUUAGUAAGUCACCCUUAUAUGGAACAGUCCUCGUUAUUUACUAGAUUACAGUUAUUUCAAUGCCUAAAUCAUGGUGGUUAUUUUAAAAGGGAAUUAUUUUGAUAUAUAUAUGGUAUUCAUAUUUGGAGUGCGUUACUUUCAAAGGUGGGUUCUAUUUACAACAUCCAAUAAAUCUUAAAUAAAGGAUUUUUAAGUAAUUUAAUUAUUUAUCUUAUAACACUCGCACAUGACGACAGAUAAGAACUUGAUUACUGUUGCUGGAAUUUAAUCUUUUCUGUAAAAAAUAAACAAAUGUUUAAUGUAGAUUAAUUUUAUGACUUAUAGAGCCCUUCCUUAAAAGGAACCCACACCAGACCAGUAUUUUUUUAUGGUACGGUAUUGAAAAUAAAAUGUAUUUGUUAAUCAAGUAAUUUAUUGACGUGCUUAUUAAAAUUUUAUUAUUAUUAUUAUGUUAAUUAGUUGUCGUUCGAUUUUUGAAUUUUAUUUAUUUUUUGUUUUUAUAAUAUAUAAACUUAAAAUAUCUUUACAGUAAUAAAUGUGUCAUAAAGUUUUUAAAACAUAUUUAAUGUAUCAUCUGAAACAGUUUUUCAGGGACCCAGAUUGAUAUGAUGAAAUAAAUUUACAGAUGUAACUAAAACUAUUUAUAUGCCUAAUAAAAUAAACCUAAAUUUAUACAAUUAUGUAAUAAUAGCUAAUAUUAUAUAAAGUAUAUAAAAAGGCGGCUUCAUAUUUUCUUAAAUAUAAAUGACUUAAGUUGUUCGUUAUGCGUUAUACGGAGAGUACUCAGUAAAAACAUUCGCGAACAUUCAUCAUAACAAAUACAUUUUAGAUGAUGAUUAUACUACAUUAUGCCAUGGAACUGAUUGGAGCAUUUCUGCUUACAGUAUUACAUUCAACAUGCGGGUGUAAUAGUUGAAGUUAAUUAAUAUAUGCUACCUAUACCUUAGCUAGUCCUGGUUUGUAUCAAAUUGUUCCGGUUAUUCUGACAAUGCUAUAUUACAAAUACUUGUCUAAAAUUACCACUCAAAUGUUUAAAGUUAUAAGAUUGACAAGACAAAAAUUGCAAUUUUUGUGUUGACGUUACAUGCUCAUUUUUCUGUUAACAUUACAUGCGAAUGUUCUUACUGCGUUUACUUAUCCGUUUCUAUACGUGGGUUUUUUUUUGUAAUAUGUAUUUCAAUGUUCUAGGACAAGAAAUGUUUAAUAAAUCAUGUAAAUCAAGAGAAUUAUGGUACAUUUCUUUAACUUUUCGUCAAUCUACUAACUCUGUACUUUCUCAAUGAGCGUUUUCAUCGAGUCAGUAUAUAUUUGAAAAUGCAAUGAAUUGAGAAAGCAGAUUGGUAAUAAUGAUGGCUUAAAAAAAUUAAAUUCAUACAUUCGACUAAUAUUAGCUUAUCAGGUUUUCUUGAAAAAUGUGUUUUAUCUGCGACAACUUGGAUCUAUGAUGAGAUAUCGGACGAGAAACUGAAAUCGGCUUUCAUGGUUUUAUUUGCAUUUAUCGGCCAUACUGUAUACAUAAAUAGUUUAGUUCAGGACU